GUCUGAUUAAAUACAAGAAUUCUAUGGUGCUACUAAAAAUCAGGAACUAUUCUAGCAAUAUUCCGCCAAAAUAUGCAUAUGUUCCUGAACUAUCACAACCAAAACAGAAUUACCUCCGUAACAUUCUGAGUAUCCAGGUCAGUUAACAUCAUCAAGUCUUUUACCGGAGAGCAUUAUAACUGUUAUUUCCUAGUUGGCGUUUAUACAGCCGAACAUUACAGCAACGAACGUGGUGUGACAGUAGUGAAUAGGAAGAACAAACAUAGUUAUUUCCUAUUAUAAUGGUAGCUUGAUGUGUUCGUACAACUAGUGUUUUGUGAUUAUAGUGUAGCCACUUAACAAGCCAUCCGAGGAUAAGACUGACACUCUGUACGACAUUUUACGAGAUUUGUUACAUGAUAGGAUUGUAGAAGACAGAACUGAAGUAAUCCCUAGAUUGUAUUCAAAGAAUAUCAAAAAGGAUGGAAUCCAUAAUGGUACUAUUUAUAAUAGCUCUAAGUUUGAUUUACGUAUAUUUCAAAAAGUCGUACAACUACUGGAGCGGUAUGGGCGUUCCACAACUUUCUCCAAGUUUCCCUUUCGGAGAUAUGGCGUCGGUGAUAUUCAGAAAACAAAACAUGGGAGACAAAAUCAAGGAGAUAUAUGAAAAAAUGAAAGGACACAGAUAUGUCGGGUUAUAUUUCUUCAGCAGAAGCGCGUUUUUACCUUUGGACCCUGUCUUGAUCAAGGAUAUAUUGAGCAAAGACUUUCAACAUUUCCACGACAGAGGCAUCUACUAUGAUGAGAAAAAUGACCCUCUUAGUGCUCAUUUGUUUUCAAUUGCAGGUCCAAAAUGGAAACGCCUACGAGCAAAGCUGACGCCUGCCUUCUCACCAGGCAAGCUUAAGUACAUGUUUGGUACUAUCGUGGAGUGUGGCCACCAGAUGAUCUCCAAACUGAACGAAAUUGCAGAAGAGGAUGGUGAGGUUGAAAUCAAAGAGAUUCUAGCAAGGUAUACCACAGACGUGAUUGGUUCGUGUGCUUUCGGACUGGAAUGCAACUGCAUGAGGGACCAAAAUGCUGAGUUCAGGUUUAUGGGUAAAAGAGCCUUCACUCAAACUGUAGGAGAUGUCAUGAAGAUGGUUAUAAUCAGAAGCUUUCCUCCUUUAGCAAGGAUACUUCGACUAGGAGUUUUCUCUGGCAGUGUAACCAGUUUUUUCAAUCGCGUUGUGAGAGAAACACUUGAGUACCGUGAGAAGAAUAACAUUUCAAGACAAGACUUCCUGCAAUUGUUGAUACAGUUGAGGAAAGACGGACAACUAGAUGAAGAAAUGUCAAACGAUAAGCAUACUAUUGGUACGAAGCUGACUAUAGAGGAGGCGGCAGCACAAGCAUUCAUUUUUUUCCUAGCUGGUUUCGAAACAACAUCGACCACUAUUAGCUUCGCAUUAUUCGAAAUGGCCCAAAACCAGAGUAUUCAAGAAAGAGCUAGAGAAGAAGUUACAAGGUUAUUUGAUAAGCAUGAAGGGCUCACGUACGAUGCUGUUAUGGAAAUGUCAUACGUGGACACCAUACUUUUCGGUAAUAUUAUACCAGACGGUCUUUUUGAAAUUCAAUGCUGCUCGACUGUUUUUUAGAAACCAUGCGCAAAUAUCCACCAGCCCCUGUGUUUUUAAGGAAAUGUACAAAGACCUAUAAAAUAACAAAUACAGAAGUUCACAUAAAGGAAGGACAAUCUGUAUUGAUACCAUGUUAUGGUUUACACAGAGACCCAGAAUACUUUCCUAAUCCAGAUACCUUCGAUCCAGAAAGAUUUAGCGCGGAAAAUAAAUCUAAAAUUUGGGAUUACACCUACAUGCCAUUUGGAGAUGGCCCAAGAAAUUGCAUAGGAAUGAGAUUUGCUAUGAUACAAGCAAAGAUAGCGCUAUCAAUAAUUUUGAAAAACUUGGACUUUACUCUUAGUAAGAAGACGAAAUUACCACUGACUAUGGAGAAGAAAGGAAUUAUUCUAGCGCCCAUUGGGGGCCUGUGGUUGGAAUUGAGCACAAUACGAGGACAGAGCACGUACCUUUAAAAUUAUUAUGUACAAAUUAUAAUAAAGAACUGUGACAAACCGGCUUAAAUUAAAUUAUAGCACCAACUUUAUUAAACACCUAUUUAGAUGAAUGUACGAAAAACUAAAAGUCUGGUCGAUUAUAACUGAACAGAGUUUUUGAUAUACCAGAAAAUAUAAUUUUUAUGUCUAAAUUACUUUCACAUUUGUACAUUGACCCCUAAUUCUGAUUUCAGACUCGUGUUAGGCGAGAAAAAAUAUAUGGGAAAAAUAUAAUGGGACCCUAAGCGC